AUGCAUUAUACACCAUUAUUUCCUUAUUUUACUACUGUAAAAACUGCAUUUCGUGUAUUAUGUGAUGAUUAUGUAACAGAAGAUAAUGGUACAGGUAUUGUCCAUCAAGCUCCAUUUUUUGGAGAAGAUGAUUAUCGUGUUUGUGUUACCAAUGGUGUUAUUAAUAAAGAUGCAGGACCUGUUAUUUGUCCAAUUGAUGCUCAAUGUCGAUUUACUGAUGAAGUUAAAGAUUUUCAAGGACAAAAUGUAAAAGAUACUGAUAAAUCUAUUAUAAAAUAUUUAAAAGAAGCUAAAAGACUUGUUCAUCAAUCAGUAAUGAAACAUUCAUAUCCAUUUUGUUGGAGAAGUGAUACACCAUUAAUUUAUCGUGCUGUUCCAUCUUGGUUUAUUCGUGUUGAAGAUAUGGUUGAUCGACUAUUGGCUAAUAAUAGUAAAACAUAUUGGGUACCUGAUUUUGUUAAAGAAAAACGUUUUGCUAAUUGGCUUCGUGAUGCACGUGAUUGGGCUAUUUCACGAAAUCGUUAUUGGGGAAAUCCCAUUCCAUUAUGGAUUAGCGAUGAUGGACAUGAAAUUGUUUGUGUUAGUUCAAUAGAAGAAUUAAAACAAUUAUCUGGAGUUUCUGUUGAUGAUAUUCAUCGUGAAAUUAUUGAUGAAAUAACAAUUCCAUCACGAUUAGGUAAAGGUCUAUUACGUCGAGUACCUGAAGUAUUUGAUUGUUGGUUUGAAUCUGGUUCAAUGCCUUAUGCACAAGUUCAUUAUCCAUUUGAUGGAUAUCAAACAUUUAUGGAUGCAUUUCCAGCGGAUUUUAUUGCGGAAGGUAUUGAUCAAACACGUGGAUGGUUUUAUACAUUGUUAGUUAUUUCAACAGCUUUAUUUGAUCAACCACCAUUUAAAAAUUUAAUUGUUAAUGGAAUUGUCUUAGGCAGUGAUGGAAAAAAAAUGUCAAAAAAAGACAAAAAUUAUCCUGAUCCAACAAUAAUUUGUGAUCAAUAUGGUGCUGAUGCACUUAGACUUUAUUUAAUUACAUCACCUGCUGUACGUGGUGAAUCACUUAAAUUUAAUAAAGAAGGUGUUCAAAAUAUUCUUAGAGAUGUAUUUUUACCUUGGUACAAUACAUUACGUCUUCUUAUUCAAUCAUGUGAUCAAUUAAAAAUAGAUAAAAAAAUUAAUUUUAUUUAUGAUGAAAAACGUUUAUAUUCAUCAAUAUCAUUAAAUACUAAUGUUAUGGAUACAUGGAUUGUAUCUUAUACUCAAACAUUACUUGAUUUUGUUAAACAAGAAAUGAAUGCUUAUCGUUUGUAUACAGUAGUGCCUCGUCUUAUUAAAUAUAUUGAUAUGUUAACCAAUUGGUAUGCCAAAUUGAAUAAGAAACGUUUUAAGGAUGAAACAACAUUAGAAGAUUGUCUUGUUUCAUUAAAUGUUCUUUGUUAUAUUCUUUUAACAAUGGCUAAAUUAAUGACACCAUUUACACCAUUUCUUGCUGAAUAUAUGUAUCAGAUCUUGAGAAAACUAAUGCCACAAUCAUUCUCAUCAGAUGAGCAAGAAUUAAGUGUUCAUUUUCAAAUGAUUCCACAAUCGGAUCAAUCAUUGGUAAAUAAAAAUAUUGAACAUGCUGUAGAUGCUGUACAAACAGUUAUUGGAUUAGGUCGAUUUUUACGAGACCGAAAAGUUAUUCCAAUGAAAUAUCCAUUACCAGAAUUUGUUGUCAUUCAUUAUGAUCCAUCUGUAUUAAAAGAUAUUGAAUCAUUAGAAGAUUUUGUUCGAAACGGUUUAAAUGUACGUAAAUUAACAUUAUCUCAAGAUCGUGAAUUUUAUGGUGUUGAAAUGUGUGCUGAACCAAAUUAUUCAACAUUAGGCAAAAAAGCUGGUGCUAAACUUAAAUCAGUAACUCAACUAAUUCGUGAAAUGUCUGAUGCAGAUAUUGAAACAUUAUUAUCAAAAAGUCAAGAUGAAAGUCCAUUAAAAAUAAUUGAUGAAGUACCAAUUGAAUUGGAAGAUAUUCAUAUUGUUUAUCGUGUAACGAAACAAACCCGAUUUGAGGAUACUGCUGAACAAGGAUUUGUUGUUUUACUUGAUUAUAAAGCUGAUGCUUCAUUAAAAGAAGAAGGUCUUAUUCAUGAAAUUACAAAUCGAGUUCAAAAACUUCGAAAAGAGGCUAAAUUAAAUCUAACUGAUGAUAUAAAAAUUUAUUAUUCAGUAGAACCACACAAGUGA